GAGGGACAGAGUGAGGGAGAGGCAGAGAGAAGAGAAGGAGAGCAGGAGAGGCUCUCUCAAGGCUUCUCUGCACAACAGCGCCAAGAUCGUCUGCCACCGUGUGUUUUUCCCCUCAUCUGGUUUGACUAAUUUAUUCCUCCGGAGGCCAGAAGGAGGGCCAGAGAGUGACCAAGCAGCAGAAGAAGAAGGCAGGGACCCAGCCUAUCUUACGGGGAAGCACAGAGGCUUAGGCCUCAGGUCGUUACUGCUGGAUGGACAAGCACUGACAAAACAAGGGAGGGUAAGAGAAGGGAAGACGCACAAGGAGGCUUGCUGAGAGGAGGUUCCACUCGGUUUAAAGGCCGAGGAAUCGUUAGGUUUUUUUUUAUCUCCUUUUUUUCAAUUUGUUGGGUUUUUUUCGUGCGUGUUUCUUUCUUGGGGGGUGCAUUUGAAUGCCUGAAGCCGUAGGUUAGACGGGGUCAGAGGAGGAAGAAGAAGCGAGCGUGUUGUUUCACAACAAACUGCGGCGCGAGAGGAGUUGGCUGAACUUUGAUCCCAAGGAGGCAGGGGGGGGGGACUAAGAGGAGCACUGUGUUUUGUUAUCUAGGCAAGCCCAGACUCAGUCAGCCUGUUGCCUGGAUCAGCCUGUCUGCAGGAUGUUGUUUGGGAACGUCUGAGAUGUGAGCUUUUCAUUUUCUUUGAACAUUAGUCUGGUUUGAGUUUCGUCAGCAGACUGAAAAUUUCAAGGCAGGCUGAAAAAGCAACAUUCCAGUUCCAAGGUUCUCUGAAUAUUUUGAGCCCUGUGGCACAUCAGACACUUCUGAGGCUGAAAUGACCUCCUUAGAGAUCAUCCAGUUUUUUUUCAAAGGUGAAGUGAGAUAGGCCCAACUGGUGCUGUCAGAUUGAUAGAUAACCCUUUCGACACGCAGCCAAGACUGGUCGGACUAGUUCACUAAGUGGAGAGGUUGGUCUGACGUUAAAGUAGGGCAGUCUCUCUACCUGCUCCUCCAGAGAGAAAGCAGCGCUGCGCAAGGAGUGAUGAGGUAUUUCUCUUCUUCUUGAGAGAGGCUCUGUUUCGCCCUUCAGACUGCUUGUGAUUUGUGAGUCUUCCUUCCAGAAGGGGAGUGAGAGAGAGAUAGAGAGAGAGAGCGAGAUAGAAAGGGAGAGAGAAAGAGAGAGAGAGAGAGAGAGAGAGAGAGAGAGAGAGAGAGAGAGAGAGAGAGAGAGAGAGAGAGAGAGAGAGGUAGCUAGCAGAGCAAGAGAGUUUGUGUAAUGUAUUAUUUCCUGUGAAAGAGCAGGCUGCACCCUUUUCUCCUGCCUGAACUCUGAACCACUCGUUGUGUUAGAAGUUUUGUGAAGCCGCGGGAGGAGUCAUUGACUGGAGGUCAGAGGGAAAACGAAGGCGUGAAUGGGAAGAAAGGAGAAGAAGAAGAAAAGAUAAAGAACAACGUCACGGUUGGAGAGAAAAAAAAGCAGAUAACUUUCGUCGGGUCAUUUGAACAAGACAGGAGGCGAGAGAGAGGUCAGACGAAGGGAAUCAGAUAUCUCACUUUUCCGUUCUUCCGGACGGUCGCUUUAACAGAAGCCAUACCCCCUUUUUUUUUUCCUUCUUCUUUCAUCCGCGUUUGGAAAACCUUUUUUUAAGCUCCAACCUUUUCCAGUGGGAGAAAAGCACCAGGAGUCAGAGGGCGGCGUGUGUGUUAGUGUUGGCCGUGUAGCUCAGCUAUGGCCAUGGUGAGUGGGGGAUGGGGGAACUCCAACGGCGACACAAACGGGCUUGGGGAGAAGGCUUACCUCCGGGGGGACGAGGAGGAGAGCUCCCCCCGGGCCGGCAGCAGCGACGUGGAGGUGGGGGACGAGGACAAGGUGUGCGUGGUGGACUGCGUGGUGUGCGGUGACAAGUCCAGCGGGAAGCAUUACGGGGUGUUUACCUGCGAGGGCUGCAAGAGCUUCUUCAAGAGGAGCAUCAGGCGUAACCUCAACUACUCCUGCAGGUCGAAUCGGGAAUGCCAGAUCGACCAGCAUCACCGGAACCAGUGUCAAUACUGCCGGCUGAAGAAAUGUUUCCGUGUUGGCAUGCGUAAAGAAGCAGUCCAGCGUGGACGCAUCCCUCCAUCUCACUCCGGUAUCAGUCCCACCUCCCUGGCCGGGGGGGUCGGGGGCGGCGGGCCGGGCCACGGCGGCGGCGGCGGCGGGGACUACUUCAACGGCCAGCCCGUGUCGGAGCUCAUCUCCCAGCUGCUCCGCGCCGAGCCCUACCCUAGCAGCCGCUACGGCCAGCCGUUCAGCCAGCCACAGCCGCAGAUGCAGGGCGCCGGCGGGGCCUCGGUCAUGGGCAUCGACAACAUCUGCGAGCUGGCCGCCCGCCUGCUCUUCAGCACCAUCGAGUGGGCCAGGAACAUCCCUUACUUCCCGGAGCUGCCCGUGUCGGAGCAGGUGGCCCUGCUGCGGCUGAGCUGGAGCGAGCUGUUCAUCCUGAACGCCGCCCAGUCCGCCCUGCCGCUGCACAUGGCGCCUCUCCUGGCCGCCGCCGGCUUCCACUCCUCGCCCAUGUCGGCGGAGAGGGUGGUGUCCUUCAUGGACCAGGUGAGGGUGUUCCAGGACCAGGUGGACAAGCUGACCAGGCUGCAGGUGGAUUCUGCGGAGUACAGCUGCCUCAAGGCCAUAGCCCUCUUCUCACCAGAUGCGUGUGGUCUGACCGACCCUUCCCAUGUGGAGAGCCUGCAGGAGAAGGCCCAGGUGGCCCUGACGGAGUACGAGAGGAUGCAGUACCCAGGCCAGCCCCAGCGCUUCGGCCGUCUGCUGCUGCGCCUGCCUGCCCUGCGCGCCGUGCCGGCCAGCCUCAUCUCCCAGCUGUUCUUCAUGCGCCUGGUGGGCAAGACCCCCAUCGAGACGCUCAUCCGAGACAUGCAGCUGUCCGGGAGCUCCAUCAGCUGGCCCUACGCGCCCGGACAGUGAGCUGGGCCUGUCCCCCCCCCCCCUCUCCCCCAGGACUGGGCCCCCCUCGUCCCCCAGGACUGGGCCCCCCCCCUCGCCCCCAUGGGCCAGGCUGACGUGAUGAUAGAUCCCACAGAGAUGUUGUCAUGUGAACCCCAGUAUUCCGGUGGACCCAGCUGUGUCGCAUCCCUGCUGGGAACCCACACAGGAUUCUCCCCAAGAAUAGCACUAAACGAUUCCUACAGGUUCCAUCCGUGUGCAGCACUUCCUGUUUAUAUGUCUCCAUGUGACUCUAUCUCUGUCUGAUCCUCGAUCAUCUCACUCUGGCCACAACCAAGUCCCAGAAACAAAGACUGUAACUUUGGGCCUUGUGCCUAUACUACCUCCACCCCUACAACCAUCACCCUGUCACCUCCACCCCUACAACCACCUCAUCCUGAACCCUCCACCUCUAUAACCCCCCACCCUGAACCCUCCAUCCUACAACCUCCACCCUAAACCCUCCAUCCUUAUGAUCCCCCACCUUGACCCCUGUUGAGUCCAGGCUCUGUGUGACUCCCUGCUCUGCCAGUCUGUUGUCACACCCCCAGCGUGACAACACAACUCAGUUCUUUUUUGGCGUUGUUCGCUAACUGUAGCCUACACAAGAGUUUUUGUCUUGAUAUGAAAUGUAUUGGUUAUGUCUGAGACUCCUUUUUGUUCAUGGUGUUGUUGGCUCCUUCGUGAACAGUGCUCCAAGUAAAUUGCCCAUGUUUGGGGUGUGUGAAGAUAGCGGACAAGCUAGAGACGUGAUGCGGUAAAAAAAAAAAAAAGAUACAGGCGACGCCGGAGCAGAGCAGAGGUGAAUGUAUGAAAACUUAAGUACAUCCUGGUCUCAGGGUGUCUGUCCUGUCUUACACUAUUACCUCAAGUUUUAUAUCAGAGACAAAGAUUGUAUAGUGAACUAUUCAUGUAAGCGGAUCGCAGAGCGUGUUGUUAAACGGAGAUCUCUCAGAGACGACCGCGAUAGUUGACAAAAACAAAGGGAUCAACGCAUCGAACGGCCAGUCUGUAAGUAAUCCUCCGACAUCUCCACUGAGCACAUGUAAGUAGCAUCUGGGAGUGUAGCCGUAUUGAUUACCAAGGCUUUCCUCCAGACACAGCACCUACAGUGUGUGGUGAGAUCCAGGUUAAUAGACAAUGGCUUGUUUUCAACCAGACUAUGGAUAUACUGUAUGAUGGCCGUCGAUACGAUGAUUUCAGUGUAUUUAAAGGUACUUAGCCCUUUAAGGUGUAGCCUACAGGGCGUGCGACACGUGUGGCACUAUGGUAAAUAUGUUUUAUAUGACGUGCAAACUUUGAGCAAUGUUGCCAUGGACUGCUGAGUAAUGUGACAAAUGCAUGUCCUGCCAAAUGACCUAGGCUACUUGAAAAAGAGGAGUUGAAACCGUUUCGGUAUUUCGACUAGAAUAGAAAAACCAAUGAUGGAAAAUGAAAAUAUUCUGGAAAACUUUAGUCUUCAAAUCCAAAAACGUUAGUACAAACACAUGUAUAAAUUCUGAAAUCAAAGAGUUAAGAUUCAACUAGUGACUUAAUUGUGUCAUUUUACAUAAAAUCUAUGUUUCUACAAACUUAAAUGUAAGAAAUUUGAUAUUGCAGACCAUGGUUAUUUUUGCAUUGCUGGAAAUAAAAGCAUUCAUACUCAGA